CGUCGUCGGGAUCGAGAAGCGUGCAGGUGCAGGCAUUGAGUUUUGUUGCUGUUGCUGGCUGCCGAGGAAUCUAUCACUAUCAGUCAACUGGAAAAAAUAUUGCCGAACUUGAAAAGGACAGUCAGCUCAACCGAAGAAAUAAAUACAUAAUUAUUCCACAAAUUAUUCUUAUUAGGAAUGGAAAGCGUUAAUGAUUUGUAUUUAAAAGUAGAUGGAAGGAAAAAUGAAAACUUUUUGUGCAUCCAGACCUGUGAAACAAAAAAGUUUAUCGAAAGUGUUAUACCUGCCAAUGAUCGAGGAGAAAUCGACAAUGAGCUUCGAAAGAGAUUCCCUUUGGAAAUGCCUCCUAAAAAGAAAGCGAUUGUCCGGCAAAAGAAACAAAAGUUGUCCCACAAGGAAAUGGAAAAAUUGAACUUGCGCAAGCUGCCUAAGAAAGGAAUGAAGUACACUGACUAUAUUCCUUUAAAUGAAUUGUGGACUGGCUACAUGACGUCGUACAUCGAUUUAAAUGAAAUCCGCAAUGGAGGUGGAGUAUCUGAGCAAGCGACAUUGCUUUUACAAAAGGCUGACUACCACGGUGCAGUUGUCAAAGUUGUGCGCUCAAGGUGUUUGUCAUUAGUAGGCGUCAAAGGAAUUAUCCUUAUGGACACCAAGAAUACAUUCCAAAUUAUUUGCGAAGAUAACUCAGUUAAAACUAUUCCCAAAUCAUCUUCCCUAUUUGAAGUGCAUUUAGAGGACAUCACUUUCACUGUUUUUGGAAAGCAUUUCCUAACGAAACCAGCAGAAAGGAGCACCAAGAAGAUCAAGCAAAGGGUUGUCAAAGAUUUAUAAUAAAAUUCGUAAAGUUCUGCUGUAAA